AUAAAUUUUGAGAAGAAUAAGUAAAGCUUAAUAAUUAAUAGAUACAAUGCGCUUCAAUUACAUUUUAUCAGGUGUUUUAGCUCUAAUAAGCGUAGUUUCAGCUGCAUUUGGCACGGCUUCACAGCUCUCAUCAGAGAUUAGACUUAAGGAGAUGGUAGAUUUGGAUUAUACUAUCCAAUAUGCAAGCAUUAAACUUGUUCUUGUAUGCCUUUCUGAAGGAGUUUUGAAUGAUCUUUAUAUUUUGAAAGAAGGACUUUCAUCAGUUGGAUUAUCAGAAUCUAAAGUUAAAUUUACCCAUUUAUCCAAAGAAUGUCAAUCUUUUUUUGUUAAAGUACUUGCUUAUGAUAAAUGCGGAAAUCUUUUCGUAUAUUUCUCAAGCGGAUUUUCGGUUACUUUAGCAGGCAAAGUUGAAUAUCAUAAAGAUUGCGUUCCUGCAAAAACAAUUGAAACGGCAAAAACAACUAAAACGAGCACUCUACCGACAGGUGGAUCAAAACAAACACAAACUCCAGAUACACACCGUGAUGAAACACCUACUAAAACUCGAUCCGAAACUUCAGGUGAUAAGGGACAAGAGAAACCUACUCCAGGUCGCUCAAUUCCUUUACCUAGCACUGGCAAAAUAGAACCCACACAAAAGCCUACUACAUCUUCUUCACAAACAUCAGCUGACGUCAAACCAACUAAAAAACCAGAUGAUAUUGAUAAUAGUGGAUCUAUGCUUGCUUUCAAACUCGUUGGAACGCUUUUCACUGUUCUCGUCAUAUUCCUUUGCUCAUAAAACUAACAAAAUAUCUAUGCAUAAAACCUUACAGCAUAUAGUAAA